GCGUUUCCUCCUUCGGCGCCAUUUUGUAGCGCAGAGAAUCCGCAAAUAAAGAGCGGGCGGCAGCGCGGGGUGGGGGAGGCGGCGGACCGUGGGGGCCCCGGGUCUGGUCGCUGAGGCGGGUGUGGAAGGUGCCGCCCUUGAUGUGACGGGCCAGGCCCGGGCAGUCGGUGCGCAGGGACAGUGAGGCCUCCGCGCCGCAAGCAGGAGGAGGCGGCGAAUGCGGCCAGGGAGGGCCGAGCGGGAUCUGGAGCCGUUCGAGGGCUUUGCCCCUUUCCACCGGCAGUGAGCCGCGUCCCCGCCGCAGGGAGAGGCCUGCGCGCUGCGCUGUCAAACGGCCUGUCUUGCUGCGGCCGGGCGGGAGAGCUGAACGGUUUCCAAUGGCCUGUUCAGGGCGGCGGCGGGGUUCGCCGGCUGAAUGUGGAGGCGCCGCUCACUUGGGAUCCCGUCCUGCGAAGGCUGAUGCACAUGCUUAGUUUUACGCAUUGUGCGUUGGUUCCGGGAAGGCGGCGGGACUAGUCACCGUGCCUAAAGUUGAUUCACAAUGACUAAUGAAGAACCUCUCCCAAAGAAGGUUCGCCUGAGUGAAACGGACUUUAAGGUUUUGGGUAGAGAUGAACUGAUCCUAAGGUGGAAGCAAUAUGAAGCAUAUGUACAGGCUCUGGAGGGCAAAUACACAGAUCUUAAUUCUAAUGAUGUAACUGGAUUGAGAGAGUCUGAAGAGAAGCUGAAGCAACAGCAGCAAGAGUCUGCCCGAAGAGAGAAUAUCCUGGUGAUGAGGCUGGCAACUAAGGAACAGGAAAUGCAAGAGUGUACGAAUCAGAUUCAGUACCUCAAGCAAGUCCAGCAGCCUAGUGUUGCCCAACUGAGAUCAACAAUGGUGGACCCAGCCAUCAACUUGUUUUUCCUAAAAAUGAAAGGUGAACUGGAACAGACUAAAGACAAACUGGAACAAGCCCAAAAUGAACUGAGUGCCUGGAAAUUUACGCCUGAUAGCCAAACAGGCAAAAAGUUAAUGGCGAAGUGUCGAAUGCUUAUCCAGGAGAAUCAAGAGCUUGGAAGGCAGCUGUCCCAAGGACGCAUUGCACAGCUUGAGGCAGAGCUGGCUUUACAGAAGAAAUAUAGUGAGGAACUAAAAAGCAGUCAGGAUGAAUUGAAUGACUUCAUCAUCCAGCUUGAUGAGGAGGUAGAGGGUAUGCAGAGUACCAUUCUAGUUCUUCAGCAGCAGUUGAAGGAGACCCGCCAGCAGUUGGCUCAGUUCCAGCAGCAGCAGUCCCAGGCCUCAGCCCCAGGUACCAGCAGGACUCCAUCUUCUGAGCCUACAGACCAGGGAGAAGCCGUGGGUAAAGACUGCAGCCGUCUGGCUAAUGGACCGAGCAACGGCAGCUCUUCCCAUCAGAGGACGUCUGGGCCUGGAUUUUAUAGGGAGGGUAGUGGCACAGAAGAUGACUUCCCAGCAUCUCCAGGGAAUGGUAAUAAGCUCUCCAACCACUCUGAAGAUAGAACUGUCAGAGGCGGUUGUAGCUACAUAAACCAACUAAGUACUGGGUAUGAAAGUGUAGACUCUCCCACUGGCAGUGAAAACUCACUCACUCACCAUUCAAAUGACACAGACUCCAAUCAUGAUCCUCAAGAAGAGAAAACAGUGAGCAUGAAAGGUAAUAGAACUGUGGGUUCUCGUCAUGUUCAGAAUGGUUUGGACUCCAAUGUAAAUGUCCAGGGUUCAGUUUUGUAACAUUUUUUCUGCAACACUUUUAUACAGUGUCAUUUAAAUUGGGAGAGGAUACUGUCCAGAAACCGUUUAAAUUAGUGCAUACUCGUCACAGUUUUGCCUUUUUGUGGGUUUUUUUGCUUCAAUACCUCUGCCACUUUGGAAAUUUUAACAGUUAAUUACGUUGAACGUUGCUAAAAGGACAUUUGUGUAGGCUCAAGUUAUUUUUAUAUGAGUUAAUGUGAAGUUGAAAGUGGAAAUUAUUUCCACAGAGUAUAACAUAAAUGAUGUCUGUACAAAUCUGUGUAUAUCUAGAACCUGUGCUGUGUAAGGGCAUUCUUACUCAUACUGUUAUAUUUACACCACAUUCAAAAUUUGUCAUACUAGCUGUGGGUUUAUGACUGCCAAGUUUGCCCAGUACAGUAGUUUUAUCACUAAAGGAUGGACUUGUUGAAGGAGUCCUGUAGUAGUUCCAGUGUUAAUUAGUUUCUUUCCACCAUUCAUCUGUGCAUUUCUCCUUAGGUGGCCGAAUGUUUAAGAAGUUUGUGUGCAUAGUUACUCAGUUUUAAGAACUGUUGUAUCCUGUUUAUGCAUAUUGCUCUGUGACUCCAAUAUUCUCUUACCUGUACUGACCAAACCUAAAUAAAGACUUUUAAUAAUGUAAUUUAUUUUAGUCUGCAUUGGUUUCAUAUGAUGUAUUUGUAUACAAUGCAUUUUUAUUGUACGUGUUUUCUGUUGGGUUAUUUGCCCACUACCAAUCUACAUAGUAAAAAAUCAUGCUGAAGACUCAA